AUGCAGAACUCCACCACACAUCAGAUGACUUCAUACCUGAAGCCUCUAUGUGAGGCUCAAGACACUCCCAGCCAUCUCGAGUAUCCAACUCAUUCUGAUCCGGGUCGCCGCCAUCGCCAACGUGGCUCGCAGACAUCUUGCGGUGAGUUAUCAACCUCAUCAACCGAACAAGAGGACUAUGAACAGGGCCAAGAGCAAGAAAACGACGGAGACGAGGUUAUUUCGUCUAUGCCAGAUGACAUCCCCCCUGAGGAUGCCGACAUAUUUGAGGAUCCUCCGAAUUGGUACGGUCCUCCGGCGGACUGGGUGCCGUUCGAGGAGGACGAGCUGCAGAGCCGCUCGUAUGCCUAA